CACGCUAGGGGGCGGGGCGCGAGGCGCCUGCGCGGGGCGCGGCGGCUGGACGUCUCCUCAUGGGAGAGGGCGCGCGGCGCCAGGUUUAGCGUGAGAGGGGGCGAGGAGGGGGCACAGCGGAGAGGAAAGAAACUGGAUGGCUUCUACGGUGAGCCUGGGUAAAGAAACAUUGUUGGAAGAUGGAAUGCCACCUGCAAAAAAGCCCAGGAAGCUGUUGCCAAGCCUCAAAACCAAGAAGCCUCGGGAACUUGUUUUGGUGAUCGGGACAGGAAUCAGUGCGGCAGUUGCUCCCCAGGUCCCAGCACUGAAGUCUUGGAAAGGGUUAAUCCAGGCCCUCCUGGAUGCUGCUAUUGACUUUGAUCUCCUGGAAGACGAAGAGAGCAAACGGUUUCAAAAGUGUCUCCAUGAAGACAAGAACUUGGUUCACGUUGCCCAUGACCUCAUCCAGAAGCUGUCUCCGCGCACAAGCAAUGUUCGCUCAACCUUUUUCAAAGACUGUUUAUACGAGGUGUUUGAUGACCUGGAAUCUAAAAUGGAAGAUUCUGGGAAGCAGCUGCUUCAGUCUGUGCUUCACUUAAUGGAAAACGGGGCACUUGUGUUAACCACAAACUUUGAUAACCUGCUGGAACUGUACGCAGCACACCAGGGGAAGCAUCUGGAGUCUCUUGACCUAACUGAUGAAAAGAAGGUGCUGGAGUGGGCGCAAGAGAAGAGGAAGCUUAGUGUCCUGCAUAUCCACGGCGUUUACACCAACCCCAGUGGCAUAGUGCUCCAUCCGGCUGGGUACCAGAACGUGCUGCGCAACACAGAGGUCAUGCGAGAGAUUCAGAAGCUGUAUGAAAAUAAGUCAUUCCUGUUCUUGGGCUGUGGUUGGACUGUUGAUGACACCACGUUUCAGGCCCUGUUUUUAGAGGCUGUGAAGCACAAGUCAGACCUGGAGCACUUCAUGCUCGUCCGGAGGGGAGACGUGGAUGAGUUUAAGAAGCUCCGUGAGAACAUGCUAGACAAAGGGAUCAAAGUGAUUUCCUAUGGAGAUGAAUAUGCAGACCUGCCCGAGUACUUUGAGAGGCUGACGAGCGAGAUCGCCAUGCGGGGACGAACAGGCCUGCCUAAGGAGGGACAACAGCUGAACGGCUCUGCUGCUGCCCACGCCGAGAUCAAAGGAUGCAGCGCUUGAGCGUCAGCCUCGACCCAGGAGCUGUGCAGCGGCGGGGGAACUCCUUAGGACGGGCCUAAGCCUGGGCCAGCAGCCCCCAGGCAGGCCUGCGUGGUUUAAGACUGGUCUAGGGGAGGAGGGAAGCCCGCUGCCGUGGGUGGCACAGCAGCUGGGACGCUUCGGGCACAAGCCGGAGGCCGUGGCAGAGCCUCCUCACACAGACACCGGGGGUUUAACAUAGUUAAUUCUUUUUAUCGAGGCCGCAGCCUCCUCUAAUUUCAUACUUAGUGCUUUUGUAUUCUGUACUUUCAAUUAAAAACACAAGACUUGAGCGGUUUGGUUUUUUUUUUUACUUGAAGCUCUAGUUUUCUAGUCCUGUCUUUAUACUGUACAGUAUUUUGUAUGUUGAAGCUUGUAUUAAAGGCCUGUUCACU